UUCUCCCAAACCAAUAAAAUCUCUCAAUUCUGCUUUGUCAUUUGAACAGGGAAGUAGGCAGCCCUCAAAUCUAAAACAAACGCCCGGUUCGGCUGUCAGCCCAGUCUGCACUCAGGCUGCGUUCCGUUUCCGACUCUCUCCUCGCGGCUUAACCGGCAGUUUGUCCCCGUUGCAGACUUUCUAGAGAACCAGCUGCAAAGCACAAAAGGAUGUGAGAGCCCAGCUGCAGGUGCUGAGGGUCUGAUCUUAACAUCACAGACCAGCCAGCAAUUACACACAGAUCACCAAAAGAAGAAAAUGAGUGGCCUUCCCCUCUCUCGCUCUGAAGUGUUUGGGGAACUGAGGAAGGAGCUUUACGAAGAUGAGGAGUUCCACCAGUCAGACGUCCACAUCUUCAUUAUCAUGGGAGCAUCGGGGGAUCUGGCAAAGAAAAAGAUCUACCCAACUCUAUGGUGGUUGUUCAGAGACGGACUCCUCCCUGAACAGACCUUUUUUGUUGGCUUCGCGCGCUCUGACUUGACCGUCGACGCCAUACGGACAGCAUGCCUGCCACACAUGAAGGUGACGGACUCGGAAGCAGACCGGCUGUCGGUCUUCUUCAGCAGGAACUCGUACAUCAGUGGGAAAUAUGCCGACGAGAGUUCCUUCUCCAAGCUCAACUCGCACAUCCAGUCUCUCCCUGGAGGAAGCGAGGCGAACCGACUCUUCUACCUGGCCCUACCGCCCACCGUCUACCACGACGUGACCAAAAACCUCAAACUGCAAUGCAUGAGCACCAAGGGCUGGAACAGGGUGAUCGUAGAGAAACCGUUUGGACACGAUCUUCAGAGCUCGGAGGAGCUCUCCUCCCAUCUUUCUUCUCUUUUUGCCGAAGAUCAGAUUUACCGCAUAGAUCAUUAUCUGGGCAAAGAAAUGGUGCAGAAUCUCAUGGUGCUCAGGUUUGGAAACCGGAUCUUUGGGCCGAUUUGGAACCGAGACAGCGUUGCCUGCGUCGUUCUUACCUUCAAAGAACCGUUUGGAACUCAGGGGCGAGGAGGCUACUUUGAUGAUUUUGGCAUCAUCCGAGAUGUCAUGCAGAACCACUUACUCCAGAUGCUCUGCCUGGUUGCCAUGGAGAAACCAGCCUCCACAAGCUCGGAUGAUGUGAGAGAUGAAAAGGUGAAGGUGUUGAAGUGCAUCGCUCCAGUGACCAUGUCUGAUGUGGUGCUGGGUCAAUACAUGGGCAAUCCGGACGGCGAGGGAGAAGCCAAACUGGGUUAUCUGGACGACCCCACAGUACCUAAAGGAUCCACUCAGGCUACGUUCGCCACUGCUGUGCUUUAUGUGCACAACGAACGCUGGGACGGCGUUCCGUUCAUCCUUCGCUGUGGAAAGGCUCUAAAUGAGAGGAAAGCCGAGGUGCGGCUGCAGUUCACAGACGUCCCAGGAGACAUUUUUGGAAACCAGUGUCAGAGGAACGAGCUCGUUGUUCGAGUGCAGCCCAACGAGGCCAUCUACGCUAAAAUGAUGAGCAAGAAACCCGGCGUUUACUUCAGCCCAGAAGAGACGGAGCUGGACCUCACGUACAAGAGCAGAUACAAGGAUGUGAAGCUUCCAGACGCGUACGAACGCCUCAUCCUGGAUGUCUUCUGCGGGAGUCAGAUGCAUUUCGUACGCAGUGAUGAACUGAGAGAAGCAUGGCGGAUAUUCACUCCUCUGCUUCAUCAGAUAGACAAAGAGAAGCCAAAACCCAUUCCUUACAAAUACGGAAGCCGAGGCCCCGCAGAAGCAGAUGAGCUUGUACAGAGAGUUGGGUUUCGCUAUGACGGCACUUAUAAAUGGGUGAACCCCCAUAAACUUUAAGUGGUGAUAAGAUCAGGAAGUGGGGAGGUAGUGGGGUUAGCGAGCUAGCAUGUUCCAACACCUGAGUGUCUUUGAGGAUGGUAGUGUUUCCACUGUGUGGAUCCAUCAAGCAGCAAAAAGAGAACUUAAAAAAUGUAUUCUCAGGUAACUCAUUCAUUCGAGCUCCUUCAUCAAACAUUUGAUGUUUACACAGCAAUUAUGUUUUUCAUACAUUCCUGGAAAUUUUAAGGAAAUGUUGUGGAGUGACCCCCCAAAAAAGGAAAUAUUGUUUGAAUUGUUUUUCCAGGAAUCAGAGGAUGGGGGACAAAAACAGGCUUUGUCAUGAUUAGGAAAGACGAACCAAAGAAUGUAAUGAAACAGCAGAGAUGAAUAGUAAGUGGGAUUUACCAAGUAGCACUUAGAACCUUGAAUGUAACACAAGGAUGUGUUCACUGCAUUACAGGACUCCUUUUGCAUUGUCUUUUUUUCUUCCAUUCCAAGAGCCGAGAACUGUUGAACUGUUUGUGUAAAGUAACAGUUUUUUUUUUAAUUCAUUCCAAAAUAGUCUUAAAUGUUCUGGAAAUAUUACAGAUUUUAUCAGCUUUCCUUCAAGCGCUAUUUUUUUUAGUUAGAUUUCCCUUUCAGAAACUGUAUUUCAUAUUUCAAUAAAGCCAGAGAACAUCUACGUUGGUGAUUUUAUUUGCGAUUGCACUCAUGUUAAAGUAGCCAAACUUGCCCCAUUUGUAAUAAACUAGAUUUGCUUAA